AUGGAGUUAUUACAAAUGCAAUCACCUUCAUCAAUAGAUUUUGAUUUCAACAGCGGCCGGGCAUCUCCCUGUGGAAGCUCUCCAUCGACUCCCAAGGGGUUCGGUGAUUACUACUUCAGCGCGCCAACAAGUCCAACUCGACCCAUAGGGAUCUAUCGUGAAGUUGAGCAAUUUUCCGAGGUUAGUAACUACACGAGAGGUGAUACAUCUACCUCUGAUUUAUCAUUUGAUUUCCCAUUUGCUACAAAGACAGAAUCCAAAUCCCUUGUAAAGCCUCUGCCUUUUGAAGGACACAAACUAGAAUCCGUAGAUAGUCCUCUUUUAUCUUCACAUUCAACCAAAUUACAGCAAAAGAAGAGUUUUUGGAGCACGUUUUCACCAAAACGAAAGAAAGAAUCAGAACCUGAUAAAGUUGCAGCUUACAACGAGGGAACAAGAAUAAAUAAGAAAGGAAGAGAACGAGCAAGAGAAAGAGCUACUUCAGCUUUAUCGGACUCUAGGAAUGGAAGGAGAGCAAUAAGGUCACUUUCUCCACCACGUGAAUCCAAGUAUCCAUGGGAACAAGAACAGAAUAAAGAAGAAAUCCCCUCCACUUCAAAGCCAACUUCAUCUCCAUUAACAUUGUCCACUUCUUCUAAAGGAAGUAAAAAGUGGAGGUUAAAAGAUCUCUUACUGUUUCGUAGUGCAUCAGAAGGACGAGCAUCAGAGAAAGAUCUUUUGAAGAAAUAUUCUCAUCUGCAUAGGAAACAUGAAGUUGCCAAUAGCUCCGGAUUACCAUCAACACAAGGCUCCUCGAGUAUAAUUCCUGCUCGAAGAGAACCUAUAUCAGCUCACGAGUUGCACUAUACUGUGAAUAAGGCUAUCUCACAAGAUAUGAGGAAGAAGUCAUUCCUCCCAUACAAACAAGGGAUUUUAGGUCGCUUGGCAGUCAAUCCAACAGUUCAUGCACUAGCACAUGGCUAUGGUCUUUAG